CCUAGUAGCAAUCAGCCAGAUUAAACAAGAAAUGGGUCUCGACUCUGACUGAAAAACCCAUUUCAACUCAAACCAACCAUAGAGGAAGAAAUUAUCAUUCUUCCUCCCCCUCUACUUCUUCCUCCGGAUCUUCUCUUCUUUCUUUGUCUGUUUUGUCCUGUUUUCUGACUUUCUCCCAUCGUUUCCACACAGAUGGAUCGAACCAACUUCACCAAGUUGGUUUUCCCUGUAUCGAUCAAUAUCAUAAUCAGCAUCAUCUUGUUCAGCACCCUGGUACGAAAAACUCAAUCAGCAGACCCAAAAUUCGAAGAUUAUGAGCCUCGAAACUGUGGGAAAGGUCCAAACAUAAGCUACCCGUUUUGGAUACCUUCUCUCCAGAAAUCUUAUUGCGGAUACCCAAACUUUGAGAUCACCUGCAAGAACCGGCAGCCCGUCCUGAACAUGUCCGACGAUGAUUACCUCAUCAAAGAUAUCUUCUAUGGAAAUCAUUCUCUUUUGGUGGUCAAUGCGUGGGCAUUGGGGAAUGAAACCUGCCCAGCUCCUCUGCACAACUUUACCCUCGAUCGCACUCCCUUUGAGUUCGGCCCAGAUCACUUGGAACUCUUCUUCCUCUACAACUGUACUGCUUCUGCUCCUGCAUCUCAUUUGACAUUCUCCGUUACUUGUUUUGACAAUAAUACCUAUCAUCACUCCUUCGCAACAAUUGGGCAUGAGUGGCAGUUGGCAUGGCUGAAUUCGUCUCUUGGGACAUGCAGCGAUUUUGUUACUGCUCCUAUAGACAUGGAUUAUUUUACAAAUACAGAGAGAAAGGACUACAGGGAGUAUUUGAGGAAGGGGCUUCUUCUGGAAUGGACUGCAAGUAAUUGCAGUACAUGCGAGGAGAGCGGCAGGCAUUGUGGCUUCUAUAAUAAAGAAGUUGUGUGUUUCUGUCAGGACGGGAGGUAUCGCCUGAGCUGCAGUGGCGGUAAGCCCAUCGGAGAUCCCUGAUUUUGUUUUUCAAUUAUCUUCGAGUAUUUCCCUUUAAGCAUUAUAUUUACGCAUGUAGAAAUUGCCUGGAGAAGAAACAGAGAACAAGAGGUCUCUCUCUUCUUUCCUUCCUUUUGCUUUUCUGAUCUUAGUUUGCAGCAUUCAGCUUGGAAAUUUGAAUUGUGAAUUAGGAAGUUCAAGGACUAGAGGGCUCCACUGGGUGGCGCAUCAGCGAACUGCUAAGUGAUUCCUCCCCCUUCAAUCAAAUUUUGGU